CGGCAUGAGCCCUGCGGCGGGGCGGGGGGGCGGCAGCGCCGGGCAGGGCAGCCCCCGACGCCAUGCCCAAGGAGCGGCCGCUCUGGCGGGGCGCCGCUUUCCGCCUCUGCCUGCUCUCCGCCGCGCUCUUCCUCUGCCUGCAGCUGGGCAUGAGGCGAUCCUGGUGUCCGGAGGAGAAGCCCCGGGAGCCGGCGGCGGCGCGGGCGCCCGCCCCGUCCCGCGGCGCGGAGCAGCGGCCGGGCGCGGUGGCGGCUGCGGGCGGUGGCCGUCGGAGGGUCACCUACGUGCGGAGCGGCCGGCGGGGCAGCGCCGCACCCGCCUGCUGCGCCCCGCAGCCCCCGGGCAGCCGCCGCAGGAAGACUGUAAGGUGGCACAUUGAACUACAACCAUGGGCAAGUCCAACCCCUUCCCUCAACUAUGAGGCCUCAAGAUUCCUAAAGUACAUUAGCACUUCUCAGAUUUCGUGUGAGCACAUGAACCUGAACAGCUUGAAAGGGUACUCUGAAACCACAAAAAAGCCCUGGUCAGUCUGUCUUGAUGAGAGGUUUAGCCUCAUCCAUCGAAUCAGAAGCAAGAAAUGCCGUCUCUAUUCACUUGGGUUAGGCAACGAUGACAACCAGUUUGAGCUGAGCAUGGCCAACAGUGGGUGUGAGGUGCAUCGCUUUGACCCCAGCAUCAAAUCAGCUCACAUCCAGCAGGGCCGGCACCUCUGGCACCAUCGGCUCUCCAUCGACUGGAGGGAUCCCAACCCUGCCAUCGCAGCUCACAAACUCCACAGCAACACUAAGAAGCUGGGCACAGUGCUGAAUGAAUUUGGACAUCAGAAGAUUGACGUCCUCAAGGCAGACGUGGAGAGCGCCGAGUGGAAAAUUUUGGAAAACCUGAUUCUGGAAGAUGUUGUUGAGCAGAUAGGACAGCUGGUCUUUGAGGUGCACAUGCACUGGCCUGGGUUUGAGGUCAGUGGCAAUGACAGCACCGUGGUGCGGUACUGGUACAGCCUGCUCCGAGAGCUGGAGCUCAAGGACUUCAGGCUUUUCCAUACCUACAAAGACUUAUCAAAACCACAGAUGUUUCUGAAAAAGGAAGCCUUCAACGCCAGUAGCUGUUACACACUGAGCUGGGUAAAUACAAGAUGGAAAUAGCAGAAAGGAGUUUAUGAUGUGUGAUUGCAAACCAUCUGGUCCUGGAGCGUUAUUGAAGAGGAUUUUGGUGUCACUGGCUAAAGUUGCUCAAUAUGCACUCGGUGACUGCUAACAAAAUGAACUGGCUUUUAUAUUUAUAUGUUGUCAAAAGAACUGGCAAUAGGGGAAGAUACAUUGUAUAGCAAUUUAUUUGCCAGUGGGUACAUUGUCCCAUUGAGGACAGGGGUUUCUGUAAAGGUUUGUCUAGGGGAGCAUGAGAGCAUGGCUUUUCCAGGCUGCCCCAUGCCUGAACAUGCCAGCAAGGAGAGCAUCCCUCUGGAGCUGCCCUGGGAAGCUCUGCUGACUGAGCUGGACCAGCCCUUGGGCAGGAGAGUGCUUGGGAUGAGGUGUCUUUUUAAGAAAGUGUCAAGUGUUACUUCUCUGUAAAGUGAUCAUCUUUGAUUUGCACCUUUUUUACUGAGGCCUUGUUUGCUAUGGAACAAACUUUAGGCAAGAACAGAAUGUUCUUGAACCCACUGGCAAAUUGCAGCUGAAUUUGGCAGAGACAGAAACCACCACCAAACUAAGUUCCUACCUAUUUCUUUGGGCAACUUCUGAAUGCCCUGACUUAUGUUUUUUAAGCCAGUCUGGCUGCAGAAAGUGACUUCAACGCUUCUGACAUGGGAGACGAUGGGACAGAGACACAGCUGCUGGAUAAGCUGCUGCCAGAGCUCCCCUUCCUCAUCCUCAAGAGCCUUCAGCCACAGAAGACAGGGCUUCCCUAGUUCAUCUGCUCAAAGAACAGCUUGAUUGAAAAUAGUCCUACAAUGGCUGCAGCAAGUGGUUUUUGAUCUAGUGAAAUACAUGUAAGAGACAAAAGUGCAACCUGGUCUUUUUUGGUUUGGGGUUUAGUUGAACAUUUCCUGGUGCCUUUUCCAGUUCUGUGCCUCACCACCUUGCCUCUCCCUGGCAUAAGGAGGCCAGACCCUGCAUCUGCACUGAUGCUGGCAGAGGUGGUGCCCUGGACUGCAGCUAUGCUGGGGUUCUGCACACUGGAAUUGUCUGCAGUGCCCCUGGGAGCCUUUGACAUUCCCCAAAGAGCUCAAGAAUGGGGGGAGAUAAAAAUAUAUAGCAGGUUGGAUUUUUUCUUAUCUUUAGAUGAAUUUUGAUAUUAAACUUUUCAUUAAAAUACAAGAUGUCACCACUUUCA